CAACGACAACACAACCUCACUUCUGCUCAAUUGGUCACUGGGGCAUUCAUUUCCACCCAGUGACGAGCGAAGUACACCUCUCACUCUUGUCAUCCUCUUUCAUUCUGCAUCAUGGAUGAGGAUCCGGCAGACUUCCCCACCCGCCAAUUCCAGGACGACGAGGAAGGCGGAGGCGAAGUUGAACAACCUCAAUCGCCCGACUCGGCAUCAGAGGCGCCUCCUCAACGUGGCUUUGAGAAGCCAAAGCGCAGGCCAGGAGAUGGUGUCAUCAACGACGAUGAAGAGGACGAAGAAGAGGACGAUGAUGAUGGAGUCGACCUGAUGCGAGAGGGUGGUAAUGUCUUUGGGUCUGGUGAUGAAGGUGACUCGAGUGAGGAGGAAGAGGACGACCCUGAAGAAGCAAGGCUCAUCGCUGAGGGAUUCAUCGUCGACGACACGGAAGACGAGGAAAAGAGCGACGAUGACGAAGCGGAGAAGAGGAGAAAGAAGAAGAGGAGGGUCAAGAAGCUCAGGAAAAAGAAGAAGCAACAGCAGGAAGAUGAGGAUGAUGGGCUCGAUGAGGAUGACUUGGACCUCGUCGCAGAGAACACCGGCAGGAACAGGAGGCAGCAGCGCAAGCGCUUCCGUAGAGGAUCUGCUUCGCCAGAGCCCGAGGGCUCCUCACGCAACCGACGCGAUCUCGCCCGCAUCUUCGAAGACGAUGACGAUGACGAUGACGAUCGCGCACCUGCUCCUUCCCGCCGCAUGGCCGUCGAUGACGAAGACGAGGACGAGGACAUGCCCUCCGCUGCAGAAGUCAUUCGCCGAUCAGCCGGCCAGAAAAAGUCGGGUCCUCGCGCCGGUCAGCCGACAUCAAGAGCCGCACCUCCUGGCAUGUACCCUGAAGACGACAUGGAUGACUUCAUCGACGACGAUGAUGACAGUGAUGACGCCGAAGCCAUGGCCGACAUGGAUGAAGAGGAGAAAGAGGAGCGCCGACGAGAGAAGAGGGAGCGAAAGAAGGCAGAGAAGGCUGCCAGGAGAGCAGGUCGUGGACGUUUCGCAGGUGGACUCGAUCCCAACAAAGCGGGUAUCGACGAGGACGCCUGGGAGGAGAUCAACGACAUCUUUGGCGAUGGCCAGGACUAUGCAUGGGCCUUCAAGAAGGGUGAUUUGUCUGAAGACGAGGCGGACCAAGACGAAGAAAUGGUUGAUGAAGACGGCGCACCUUUGGACGGCAUGGGCAAGAAGAAGGUCGAGUUUAAGGACGUCUUCGAGCCUGCAGCAAUUCAAGAGCGCAUGCUCACCGAGGCAGACGAACGAGUCAAGCACAUCGACUGGCCGGAGCGCUUCCAGCUCGCACUCCCUGGCGACGAAGGUCUCAAGCUCUUAGAGGCUCCCAUCGAGAGCAGCGAUCUCGACCGAGCCACGCUCUGGGUUUCGUCUCGAAUCUCAAACCGCUGCAGCAACGAGUUCAACGCUCCUGGCGGCAUGUUCUUCCACCUCCGACAGCCGUGGCUCGCAGCCAUCCGUCUGGUCCUCGAAUACGUCCUCUUCGAUCGCCUCGAGGUGCCCUUCCUCUACUCUCAUCGAUCAGAUCAGCUCACGCACGAGACGACUUACGUCGAUCCUGCGACGGGCAGGCCCCGCCCCAUCAGCUACCUCACGCGUCGAGAGCUGCACACUGUCACCAGCCUCGCCUUCCGUUGGAAGACGCUACAUGGCCGGAAGGAGGCGAUCCACAAGACGUUCGAGCGCAUCGCCGUCGUCGACGACAGCUCCAGUCUGGGGCUGGGCGUCGCGCAGCAAGCUCAAUUCGAGGUCAUGCUUGACAGAGUGGCCAGCUUGGAGGAGCUUUCUGAUCUCUCCGAAUGGCUCACCAUGCGUUACGGCGACAAGAUGCGUGACGCGCAGGAGAGCUUUGCACAUGAUGCAGCAUCUGGGGCUCUGAAUGGGUCUCUCGCUGCGACGGGCGUCACCAGCUUUAAGCGACCAAGCGUCCUCGGCCGCUACGAGGCUCUCAAGAACACUGUCAUCUCAGAGCUAGCGAAGCGCUUCGGCAUCUCUUCAACGGAGCUCUCAGAGAACCUGGCAGCAGGCUCAUCAGCUCGCCGCUACUUCUCAGACGACGACGCGCUCGCUCCUGAGGUUCUGGCCGAGCAAUUCGUCAACCCCGAAGCGGGAGCACGCUCAGCAGAGCAGGCCUUGAAUCUGGCCAAGGUUAUCAUCACUCGCGAGAUUAGCCGAGAGCCAAUGAUGAAGCGCGAGAUUCGCCAGCUCUUCAAGGAUCACGCCCAAAUCACUGUGAGACCUACGGAGCGUGGCUCGAUCAAGAUCGAUGAGGAGCAUCCCUUCUGGAACUUCAAGUAUCUCGAGAACAAACCCGUACGCGAGUUCACUUCGAAUGAGCCUCCCCCAAGAAUCCCGGCGUCGUACAGCGGUCGUCAGCCGGCUCAGCCUAUCGCUUCGCAGACGCAGUAUCUCCUCAUCCUGCAAGCAGAGGGCGACAAUCUCGUCAAUGUCGAGAUUGAGCUUCCAGAUGGGGUCUACCGCGAUUUCGAAGAGCGUCUCUACCAAGCCUUCGCGUCAGAGGGUGUCAGUGAGGUCAGCCAGAAGUGGAACGCACUGCGCCGUGAUGUCGUCAAGGCUGCGCUGGAGGAAGGCCUCAUCAAUAGCGGCCGCAUCUGGGUUCGUGAGUGGCUCAAGGAGGAGUGCUCAGAAUGGCUUUGCCGUACCUGCGAGAGCAUCUUGGACAAGAGACUCGACGCGCGUCCCCUCGAGUCCCGUAGCAUGAUCGCUCGACGCAGGUUCCCCGACGAGGACGACGAGGAGGACGACAGAGAAGAUGGAUACGGCUCCAAGAGCACGUCGGUUCCCUCAGUCCUCGCCGUCUCCCACGGUCAGGGCGAUCCUCGCAAAGACGCCGUCGCUACUGUCUUCUUCGACGCUGCCGGCCGCUUCCGAUCGCACGCGACCUUUGAUCACCUCAACCUGCCAACGCCAGAGCAGCAAGCGGCGAUGGACACGGCCCAGCAAGCCGAGAUUGCCAAGGCCGAGAGGAGGGGCGAAGAGCCGCCCGAGUUCCUCACGCCCCGUCAGCGCUUCGUCAAUCUCCUGGUGCGCUUGAAGCCAGACGUAAUCGUAGUCAAUGGAUUCAGUCCUCGUACUGUGCAGCUCAAGCAGCAUCUUGAGGCUCUAGCUGAGGAGGCCAAGGCCAGGAUCAUCGUCGAGGAGAACUUUUCCGCAGACCAGACCGAUAAGGCGGCCAUCGACGUCACCUACGUCCACGACGAUACCGCUCGUCUCUACCAGCAUAGUGCGAGGUCCGCCGCCGAAUUCCCCGAGCUCAAGACCCUGCAGCGAUACUGCGUCGGUCUCGCUCGCUACGCUCAGAGCCCUUUGCUUGAAUUCGCCUCCCUCGGCGACGACUUGACGGCCAUCAAUUUCGAUGCGCACCAGCGCCUAGUCUCGAAGGAUCGCCUGAGGACCUAUCUCGAGCGUUCGAUCGUAUCGUGCGCCAACGAAGUCGGUGUCGACCUCAACAAGGCAGUGGGCGAUGUGUACUAUCGACAGCUGCUCCCCUUCGUCUGCGGCCUUGGCCCGCGCAAGGCGAAAGCCCUCGUCGAUGCUAUCAGCCAGAAGCUCGAGGGCACAGUCGUCAACCGCCGCGGCCUGCUCGACCACCAGAUUCUCAGCUGGCCGAUCUUCGUCAACGCUGCCGCCUUCCUCCAGCUCAAGAUCACUGCUAGUGACCUCAACUUGCGUCCCGACAGGAUCGAAGCGACGGAGAAAGAGAAAUUGCUGCCUGACGUUCUCGACCGCACUCGCAUCCACCCCGAGGACUACAAGUACGCACGCAAGAUGGCAGCUGAUGCUCUCAACUUGGACGAGGAGGACCUCGAGGGCGAGCACCUUUCGCAUCCGUGCGCUCUGCUCCUCGAAGACCCUGAUGCGGGCCGCAGACUCCGCGAGCUCGAUAUCGACUCGUACGCCGACGUUUUGAUGAAGAAGAAUGGCGAGAGGAAGCGCCUCACCCUUGAACAGUGCACCGACGAGCUGCUGAGGCCCUACGGCGAUCUUCGUGGCCCCUUCAAGCUUCCCUCGCAAGACGAGAUGCUCAUUAUCCUCACGGGCGAGACACCGCGUACGCUCGACCGCGAGUCUAUCGUUAAUGUCUCUGUUGCGGCCAUUGCUCCGGGUCACAUCGUCGUCCGUCUCGACUGUGGCAUGGAAGGCACCAUCAACGAGCAGUACCUCAUGCCUAUGGAGCUGGAAGAGUAUGCUCAGAUAGGACAAAAGCCUCCCAAGCCUCGCCAGCUUGUUAAGCGCGACCAGACGCUCAAGGCGCAGAUCAUCGACAUAGACAAAGACCAGCUGCGAGUCGAGCUCACGGCCAAGCCCUCCCAUCUUGCAGCGGCAGAGGCCUCCCGCCUCCAGAACGUGGCUGUGGCGGUCGACCCGCGAUACUGGAACUCAGAGCGAGCAGAGAAGGACAAGCGUCAAGCCGAAUUCAAACGCCAGGCGAUCAAGAAUCGCAGCAAGAUCAGCCGUGUGAUCAAGCACCCGAACUUCCGCAACUUCAAGGCUGGGCAGGCUGAGGAGUUCCUCGCCAAUCAACCCCGCGGUGCUGUGCUCGUCCGCCCAAGCUCAAAGGGCAAUGACCACCUCGCUGUCACAUGGAAGGUCGACGAGAACGUCUACCAGCACCUGGACGUCCUCGAGCUCGAGAAGGAGAAUGAGUACUCCCUUGGGCGUAUUCUGCGUGUGAUGAACGUGACGUACAAUGAUCUCGAUGAGCUCAUCGUCAACCAUGUCAACCCAAUGGCGAAGAUGGUCGAAAUGAUGGUCAACCACGAAAAGUAUAAGGGCAAUGAGCAAGAGCUGGACCAAUACCUCACCAAUUGGUGCUUGGCCAACCCCACGCGUUCAACCUAUGCGUUCGGUCUCGACCCGAGGCAUCCGGGCUGCUUCAAGCUGGGAUUCAAAGCCAAUCGAGAUGCGCCGAUCCAGUACUGGCCAGUCAAGGUGUUGCCGGGAAGGUUCAAGCUGCACCAGGCUGAGCAUCUGCCCGACGUUGCGUCGCUCGCUAAUGCGUUCAAGACGCAGUACACUGCUAUGGCUGCGGGUGCUCGUGGUGGAGCCACACCCGCUGCGGGAGGGGCAACUGCAUACGGCGGCGGCGCUCGUACGCCGUACGGCAUGGCGAGUGGAGCGCGCACGCCGAUGCAUGCUGGUGGUAUGACGCCAAGCCGAAUGGCAGCAGGCGGUAUGACUCCCGCGGGCGGAGCAUACGGUCAGCAGCCACCGCCCGGCGCAUCGGUCUACGGCUCAGGCAGCAUGACUCCUCGAGCAGGUGGUUACGGUGCUCAGCAGCCUCCCCCUCCGCCUGGCCCACCGCCCAUGGCUGCGCGAGGUGCUGCUGCUCCUGGUCCACCGCCAGCCUUCCCUGGUCCUCCGCCGAGUCGACCGCCUGCCUUUGGUGGCUACGCUCACCCUGGGCCGCCACCAGGAGCACCGCCUCAGCCUCCUGGGAGAGCACCUCUGCCCCCUCCGGGUUGGUAGCGGUGCGACUGAUUCGACACGUCUGAGUCUCAUUCAUCUGUACGCUCUCGCAUUCGCAACUCUUGACAAUUCAAUAAAUGAUGGGC